UAACAUUCAUAUGUGUGUUUUAUUGUAGGCCACUCGAACAAGUUUUUCAUAGACAUGUACUUGUGUGGGGUGCAAUGUUUCAUUCCACCUAUGAAAAAACAUUUACUAACAGUUACUGAGUUGUGUAAGUGGACCUGGAUCUUCAAAAUCUAAAACUGAGAAAAGGCUGAAUUCAUUCAUGUGCAAUUUUGGUUGCUAAUACAUACUUGCCUUAUCCAAAUAAGCCUAUAGCUACUUUGGUAAUGAUUCACCCAAUGAGUGCAGACUAAAGCACCUGGUUAAAUGUAAGACAAUCCUAGGUUACUAUUACCCAAGCUAAUUGCACUUUGAUCAUACAAUGGGUUGUGUGACUCAUUUGUAUACAUUUUUGCCAGAAUCACUGAAAUUUAAAUGAUUUGACUGAAUACAUAUUCAUGUGUUAAGUCACAUUGUACUGUGUUUUUAGUUAAAUUUUUCUUAAUCAGGGGCACUAAAGGUGAAUUUGACUCAAGGUUCCUGCCCUAUGAUGUGCUAACUUAUGUUUUUGAUAUACCUACUUUACAAUCAUGUUCUAAAUAAAGUACUGCUAGCUAGUAUGCAUUCAAAUAAUAUUGUGGACCUGUCCCUUUCAAUUUUGCAAUGUAGAAAUAACGAACACAUGAACUGUUGCUAACAACUUUUGGCCUUUCUAUCAGACUACUAUUCCCACAAUCCCUUUCCCGAAUAAAAUUCUGACGUAAUCGAAAACAUCAUGGUGGACUAGUGUGUGUGUGCAAGGUGCUAGACUUGGAUUAAAACGUUGACCAUAUGGAAUAUAUGUCGAAAAACUGAUAAUUAAAUACGAGCCUCUCUGCAGUAGGACAGAAUGCUUCGCAGAUCCAGGAUCAGUUUUCGCCCGAACGUCAGGCCAGCAGGCAGAGGGCCAGCCCCAGCCUCCUCCCAGGACACUCCACCUUCCCAGGAGGCUCCAGCUGCAGGCUCACAGGCCUCCGAGGACCUUCCCCAGGCAGGGGGCCAGUGCGUGAAGGACACCACCACAACUGCAGUGCUAGAAGCCUCCACACCCAGAGAGGAUGGAAAAGACCCAAAUGGCGAGGCUUCCAGCAGCACCCCCUCUGCCGGUCUUCAAAGGAGGAAGCGGUUCUCUGUCAUGCCAAACCUUGCCAAACCCCGGGUGGCCGCCACCCCAGCCCUCACCCGCUCCUCCCCCAGGACCCCCAAGUCCCCUAUGAGAGCGGGCACUGAGACUCCAGCUCCAACCCCUGAGGCUCCAGAGGCCCCCAGACUGACAGAUUCUGGACCCCCACAGGGCAUGAGAUCCCCAAGGCGGAGGCCCUCUGGAGGUAGUAGGCAAGCCAAAGGACAGCCCAAACCCAGGCCACUGUCCCCAGCUUCCCCAGGCCCUACAACAACCUCUCUGGGGAAUGUGGCAGUGGAGAACUCAUCCUUGUCACAACAGACCCCGCAGGCAGCAGGCAAAGGCAGCAUCCAAUCAGAUCUCCUGAAAAAAACACCAACCAUUAAAGUUCCAUCCACUCCGUUAGAGAUGGUCCCAUCAUCCUCCCUUCCAGACAAAGAGGGUAUCUCAGUAUCAGAGAGAGCUAAGACUCUGGUCGCCAGGUCUGUGUCUGGUGGGCUCACCGGGCUGGCACCAGGGAAGUCCAGGCUUAGCAGGUUCCUGAAUGACCCAACAGACCUACAGAGGUUGGCUAAGGCCCGGAAGCUCAGAGAGCUGCUGAGACAGGAGAUGAACAAGGAGAAGAAACGGAGCAAAGCCAAGGUGUGUGUGAGCGAAUACACACUAGAUCCCUCUAAAAUGACCAUGAGAGAUCUCAUCUACUACCUGCCUGAUACCAACCCCAUGACGUCUUAUCUGGUAGAGGAACAGAGGGAGAACGAGACUGUCCUCCCACUCACCCCACCAAGAGAAGAGUCACCUGAAAGACCCCCAACACCGGAGGCCCCAGCUGAGACAGCCAGCCAGGGAGAUGAAGAUGAGGAUGAGGAUGACGAUGGGGUGAUGGUCCCGCGGGUGAAGGUGGCAGAAGACGGCUCUCUGAUCAUCGAUGAGGAGAGUUUGACGGUGGAGGUCUUGAGGCAGAAAGGGCCCAACCCAGCUGAUGAUAGAGACCCCAUCUUUGAGCGUGGCUCCACAACCACCUACUCGAGCUUCAGGAAGGGGACACAUGUCAAGCCCUGGUCCAACAAAGAGACGGACAUGUUCUUCCUGGCCAUCAGUAUGGUGGGAACAGACUUCUCCAUGAUUGGACAGCUGUUCCCUCACCGCGGUCGCACCGAGAUCAAGAACAAGUUCAAGAAAGAGGAGAGAGCAAACAGCUGGAGGAUAGACAAGGCCUUCAAGGAGAAACGCAGGCUGGAUUUUGAGUUCUUCACUGGCCUCCUGGAGAAGAUCUUGGCUGCAGAAGCAAAGAGGAACAAAAAUAACAAGUCCCCCACAGAGAAGAUACGGAUCAAGAAAAAAAUCAAACAGAAAGAAAAGAAAGCAGCGAAGCAGCUGAGCGACGUGGAGGAGGAGGGGUUAGACGCGGAGAUGGACACAGAGGAGGUGGAGGAGGAGGGAGAGAAGGAGAACGAGAACGUCUCUAACGAAGUGACCACACUCUCCUCCGCUCCCAGCCCGAAGAGAAAACGCAAAAGUAGGAAUGGAGGAGGAGAGUCCUCUCCUGAAGAAGCAAAGGAUGGAAAGAAAAAGAAGAUCGACCUAAUAACAAGUGAUCAAGAAGAGGCUGGUGUACCUGAAGAUUCUGAGCCAGGACCUCCAGAGAGUUCAAAGCAGGCAGAAGGGCCUGUGGAAGCAGCCAAGGGACCUGUGGUGAUCAAACCAGCCCAGUUGUCCCGUGGCCGAUCCCAGAGACCUCUUCCUAACCUGGAUAGGAAGUGGGGCCAGAGGGGCCCCAAGCCCAAUACCAAGCCCAACGUUAAAGAUGGGGCCACACCUACAGAGGAGGAGAACACUGAAGAAGGGCUGUCUGAAGAACAGGUAGAUAAAGAUGCUUCUCCUUCAGUCAGUCAAAAGGAGAAGAAGAAAGCUGGUGAACUCUCUUCAUCUGAGGGAGAAGAGGAAGAAGCCAACGAUAAACCCAUCAAACCCACCAGGUAUGGCAGAAUACCCAAAAAGACACAGCUCUUGAAUUACUCUGCAAAGGAGGAUGGGGACUCGCCCUCAGACUCUGCCCCCACUCCUGCCUCAGACGGAUCCCCCUCCACUUCUUCCUCCACCAAGCCCAAGCCCAAAUCCAAACCAGCAACCAGGAGGUCCAACAUCAAACCUGGCCCAGCCCUGCCAGGUAGAAAGGGCCAAUCAGCGGCUAGGAAAUCCAAGUUGGUCACCCUCAGGGCGUCCCAGUCUGAAGAUGAGGAUGAAGAUGAGGAAGAAGGAGCAUGGAGAGAGGAGGCGCAGGCCGAGGAGGACACCCACUAUCCCACAAGCCCAGAGGAGGAGAACCAGGCACCUGCGUUCAUUCCCAUGAGCCUUCGCUCACCACAACCUGUCGCCACAGAGGUUGAGGAGACCAUGGAGGAGCUCGAUAUCUCCGUCAACGUGCCUGAUGUCCUGGGUAUUUCCCAUGAUGCAUUCUGCCCUGACUCGUCAUGCGAGCGGGCACAGGGUGGUGAAAUGGGCACAGUGCCCUGUGAGCAUCAGUUGGACCUGUUAGUAGACGUGAUAGACUUCCUGUCUCCAGAUAACAUGGAAGUAUCUGAGGAGAGCUACAACGAGGCAGCUAGAACCCUUCUGGCCAUCGGCAACCUCACCCACCUGUCUCAGGCAGCUGAGGCCUUCACUGCAGGAGCAGAUGAUAUCAUCACGGAAGAAUGUUCCAAUGAGGACCAACUGUACCAGAUGACACCACAGCCCACUGACCAAUCACAAACUAGCACCAUUCCUUCUGAAUCUCUUAGGGUCACUGAGGCAUCACGAAUCGCUGAGGAUUCUGUACCUGUUGCCAUGUCAACAGCCUCUAUCCCAGUCUCCAAAAUAACAGCCUCAGUCCCAGUCACCACGACAACAUCCUCUGCUCCAGUCACCUUGACAACAACGGCCUCUAUCCUAGUCACCACAUCAACGGCAUCUGUACCAGUGCCUCAGAGCAGUGAUAUUCCCACUCUAGAAACUCCACCCAUAGAGGAGGGGCCUCUCAGACAGAGGGAGGGGACUGAUAUUGGACACGCCUCUCAGGUGGAAUCAGGUUUUGAAGUGUCAGAGGGCUCAGAGCAACAGACAACCUCACAGACCAGGAGGAGCCACUUCCCUAAGGUCAAACCCAACCUGGGACGGGCUGCUAGGACCACUCAACCCAAACCGACUACCACCACACUCUCAGAACCACAGCCCAUUCAGAGAACCAGAGUAGCUCAUUCAAAACCACAGCCUGCAUUGAAUACCACCACACAGUCAGAACCACCCCAGCCCACACUAAAUUCCACCACAAACACACUCUCAGAACAACAAUCCACACAGAGUACCACCAUACUCUCACAACCACAGCCCACCCCAAGCUUUGAGCAGCCAGGUCCAGUUACACUCAGACCCAGAGUCCCAGAGUCACCUCUGAGAUCAUCAGGAGAGGUGAAAGAUCACGAUGGCCCUAAGGAAAAUACUUCCUUUUCCCUCAGUGCUGGAGGGUCCCAGUCAGGGACAUCAGACUCAGACCAGCCCAAACAGACAGGUCCCUCAACCCGCAGGGCCCGUUUACCUAAACCCAAACCCAACUUGGGUCGCACCGCCAAAGCCGCUACACGCUCUGCGGUCCAGGUACCAGAAGGCAGGCCAAGCCCUGAAGUCCAGACACCAGAUGUGGCUUCCAGACCCACAUCUGAGGUCCAGACACUAGAUACUGGACCCUGCCCUGAAGUCCAGACACCAGAGGAAGCUGAUGAGGUUCCCAUUGAAAUACAACAGAUCCACCAAGUCGUCCCCCUUUCUGACAUCAUCGAUACUACCCAGGAGGAAAUACAACAGAUUCACCAAGUCAUCCCUCAUCCACCCAUAGAGGAGGGGCCUCUCAGACAGAGGGAGGGGACUGAUAUUGGACACGCCUCUCAGGUGGAAUCAGGUUCUGAAGUGUCAGAGGGCUCAGAGCAACAGACAACCUCACAGACCAGGAGGAGCCACUUCACUAAGGUCAAACCCAACCUGGGACGGGCUGCUAGGACCACUCAACCCAAACAGACUACCACCACACUGUCAGAACCACCACAGACUACCACCACAAUCUCAGAACCACCACAACCUACUGAGAAUAUCACCACACAUCCCAAACCAACACAAACUACCAUCACACUGUCAGAACCACCACUAGAUUCUAUGCUGAAUAUCACCACAACCUCAGAACCACAGCCUACCAUGAAUAUCACCACAGAACCACCACGGCCUACUGAGAGUAUUAACACAGAGUCAGAAACACAGCCCAAACAGAGAACUACCGCACACUCAAAAUCACAACCCACCACACAUAUCAUCCCACACUCAGAACCACAGCCCAUUCAGAGAACCCGAGUAGCGCAUUCAAAACCACAGCCUGCAUUGAAUACCACCACACAGUCAGAACCACCCCAGCCCACACUAAAUUCCACCACAAACACACUCUCAGAACAACAAUCCACACAGAGUACCACCAUACUCUCACAACCACAGCCCACCCCAAGCCUUGAGCAGCCAGGUCCAGUUACACUCAGACCCAGAGUCCCAGAGUCACCUCUGAGGUCAUCAGAAGAGGUGAAAGGUCACGAUGGCCGUAAGGGAAAUACUUCCUCUUCCCUCAGUGCUGGAGGGUCCCAGUCAGGGACAUCAGACUCAGACCAGCCCAAACAGACAGGCCCUCUAACCCGUAGGGCCCGUUUACCUAAACCCAAACCCAACUUGGGUCGCACCGCCAAAGCCGCUACACGCUCUGCGGUCCAGGUACCAGAAGGCAGGCCAAACCCUGAAGUCCAGACACCAGAUGUGGCUUCCAGACCCACAUCUGAGGUCCAGAGACUAGAUACUGGACCCUGCCCUGAAGUCCAGACACCAGAGGAAGCUGAUGAGGUUCCCAUGGAAAUACAACAGAUCCACCAUGUCGUCCCCCUUUCUGACAUCAUCGAUACUACCCAGGAGGAAAUACAACAGAUUCACCAAGUCAUCCCUCAUCCACCCAUAGAGGAGGGGCCUCUCAGACAGAGGGAGGGGACUGAUAUUGGACACGCCUCUCAGGUGGAAUCAGGUUUUGAAGUGUCAGAGGGCUCAGAGCAACAGACAACCUCACAGACCAGGAGGAGCCACUUCCCUAAGGUCAAACCCAACCUGGGACGGGCUGCUAGGACCACUCAACCCAAACCCCAACUGACUACCACCACACUGUCAGAACCACCACAGACUACUACCACACUCUCAGAACCACAGCCCAUUCAGAGAACCCGAGUAGCUCAUUCAAAACCACAGCCUGCAUUGAAUACCACCACACAGUCAGAACCACCCCAGCCCACACUAAAUUCCACCACCAACACACUCUCAGAACAACAAUCCACACAGAGUACCACCAUACUCUCACAACCACAGCCCACCCCAAGCCUUGAGCAGCCAGGUCCAGUUACACUCAGACCCAUAGUCCCAGAGUCACCUCUGAGGUCAUCAGGAGAGGUGAAAGAUCACGAUGGCCGUAAGGGAAAUACUUCCUCUUCCCUCAGUGCUGUAGGGUCCCAGUCAGGGACAUCAGACUCAGACCAGCCCAAACAGACAGGUCCCCCAACCCGCAGGGCCCGUUUACCUAAACCCAAACCCAAUUUGGGUCGCACCGCCAGAGCCGCUACACGCUCUGCAGUCCAGGUGCCAGAAGGCAGGCCAAGCCCUGAAGUCCAGACACCAGAGGAAGCUGAUGAGGUUCCCAUGGAAAUACAACAGAUCCACCAAGUCGUCCCCCUUUCUGACAUCAUCGAUACUACCCAGGAGGAAAUGCAACAGAUUCACCAAGUCAUCCCUCUUACUGACGUCAUUGAUACUACCCAGGGCGAUAUGUCUCUCUUUACGGAGGGAAGCUUUUUCUCGCAACAAAGUGAUGCUGUCUUCAUGCAGCACUCAGAAACUUCUGUAUCGGCUGCUCCGUUGGACCAGGCCCAGUCAGACCCGGAUGAGCCUAUAUUCAUCCUCUCCCUGACUGAAAUCCCAGUACUUCCCACAGGGGAGGAGAAUGGCUGCACAUCCCAGACCCUCUCCGAGCCUUUCUUUUUUCUACCAGUCGCAGGUGCUCAACUGCAGCAGAGCAGUGAUAUUGUUGCCCCUGGAGGUGGUUUGGAGAAAGGGAAUGCUGGUAUCCUCUGUGAAGUCCCUGAGCCUAUGUCAGUGGAUGAGGUCCUUCCUCAACCCUCAUACACCAGUAUCAAGGAAGUGGAGUCUGGCUCCACAUUGGGCCCAGUAGGUGUGUGUGCCUCGGCCAAACCCUCAGAAGACUCGAUGGCUGAUGCAGUGACUAGUGAGGACACAUAUCCUCCUUCUAAGAAGAGGAAGGUGCCAGAGAGAGCCAGGAGAGUAGACAAACUGCAGGUGAGACCUAACACUACAGUAAGGAAACAGACCAGUCGUUCGGCCCUUGCCAAGGAGGCUGUGUCACCCGUCACCCCAGACCAGACCACCUCUUUGACCACUACCACCCUAGACCCUGACCACCCCACUGCCUCCAGUCCCCCGGCCCAGCCAGGCCCCUCCGUCACGGGAACCGCAUCACAAGAGGUGGUGGCUGAUGAGCCACAGCAGGGGACUGUGGGCUGUUUAGAUCGUACAGAGACAGAGCACACGCCGACUGGAGGGGAGGACAAUAGUUCAGGGGCAGAGUCUCAGGCUGCCCGUCAAAUUACACCGCUGGCAAUGAGUGGCCCCUUGAGCAGGCCUGGUAGGAGACCCAGGGGAUUCCUGUCUUUCAUGUCCAAUAAGAACACCUCUCCUGUAGCUCCCCCCCCCCGAUGUACCAGAGCAGCCACUCGGAGGCCCCUGGUCAACACCACCCGCCCAGGGGGGAAACGGGCUGCUCCUGCACCUUCCACCACCACCACAACCAUGCCUUCACCUUCCACAACGCAGAACACCACCACUAGAGCCACCAGAACCACGACUAUGCCAGAUUUUUCCGCCAGGGUGCCUCGGGAAAAACCCUCUGAUGUCCUGGCCUUACACUCAGACCCAGAGCCCAGUACUUCCCUGUGUACUACAGCUACUGAGUCUUCUCAGGUGCCAGCCGCCCAGCCCAGCGCGUCUCCCUGUGUGGACAGCGGGUCAGCAGACGAGGAACCCAUCAACGUGUCCCAGUACUUCUUCAGUGACAUCUUCACCGAGGUCGAGGAGAAUGAGGGAUGAGAGACGGGGAGGAAGGGAAAGGAGAUUCAAGAAGGCACUCUUUGACUCUUUGUUUGAAUCAAACUGGAGAACAAAAUGUUAAGUACUUAAGAAAACAUGUUUCUGUAUCUACCACUGAAAUUACGUUUCUGCUUGCUUGUGUUAAUGCGAACAAGGUUUCAUGCUUGCAGUGAACAGAUUUGGUCACAAGAUGGUAACAGUGAAACCAAACUAGGGAAAAUUCCUCUUCAAAUUUUUUGGGGGACCAAACUGCCGCGCCUUGAAGCUAAUUUCCUGUAUUGAACGAUUACGGUUUUUGGCUCUUUUACCCCAAUCAUAUCAUCUAGCCUAUUGAGUAAUCUAUUCAUUCUAAUAACAUAUUUAUAUUUAUUUGGUUUACAUUUUUUCAAACCACACCAAGCUAGACAGUCAUGGUAAUUUCCCUAUUGUCUGCAUGAAGGAGAAUACUUGAAAUCAGUGUCACCUUACUCUACUACAGAGUCUUCCACAUUCAAAUUUGUGUUCGUAUUUGAAAUAUUGUUUACAUAGGUAGCCAUUGUCUUAACAUGAGCAUUGUGUAUGUAUAUAGGUUUAUUAUAAUUUAGAUCAGAUAUAUUGGAGGGGUAUGUACCCUUAACGUUUACUUUGGUUUUUCACUCUUCGUGCAUGAACAAGACCCGGCUUUGCAGCUUGAGGGGGCGCCACAGCGAAGUCUCUUUAUUUCAUGCUCCCUGAAGAUACAGGAAAUAUAAUUUCAAAUGGCGCUGGAACAGAAUCCUCUAGUUUAAUCCAUGUACAGUGACAAACUCACGGAAACAGUGCACAGAUCAUGAGUCCAAUUUCAGUUCUCAAUUAUCGAUUAUGUUCUGCAGCCACUGUUGGUUCAAACUAACAUAGCUGUUCUGUAGCUCAUGUAAAAUAUGUGAAUAAAGUUUUAUACGUUAACGUCUA